AGAGUGCAUUUUGUUAUCACGACCAAAAACACGAGACCGUUCCUCAAAAUGGACAUACAAGCAGGAUGGGGUUUUAUUCUUGUCGUGUUAUUAACAUGGCAGACAACCGAAAGCUACUUGUUGAGUACUUCUUGUGGUUCCAACACAUGUAGCGGCAAUGGAGCUUGUUCCAUAGUAAAUGGCGUUGUCAAGUGUCACUGUCACCUCAAUUACGCCGGAGACCACUGCGAGCUUACUGACUUUUGCCUUGAUUAUCCUUGUGGAAAUCAUGGACAUUGCAAAACCAUUAGCCACUAUCCACACUUUAUGUGCAUAUGUGACGCAGGCUGCACGGGACAGUUCUGCAGCACACAGGUGACCGGAUCUCAAUCAAGUUCACAUGGACAACCAAAUACUACAUGCGAUGGUCAAUAUUGUAAUCACCAUGGCGACUGUUCCGAAGUUAACGGACAUCAAACAUGUAUAUGCCACUCUGGAUAUUCAGGAAAUCGGUGUCAGUAUACAAAUUUUUGCCUGGGUCUUCCUUGUGGAAGUCAUGGACACUGCAAAGACAUUAACCAUUACCCACACUUUAUGUGCACAUGUAACGCAGGGUACACUGGCCAGUACUGCAGCACACAGGUGACCGGAUCUCAAUCAAGUUCACAUGGACAGCCAUAUACUACAUGUGAUAGUCAAUAUUGUAAUCACCAUGGCGACUGUUCCGAAGUUAACGGACAUCAAACAUGUCACUGUCACUCUGGAUAUUCAGGACAUCAGUGUCAGCAUACAACAUGCUCUACGUCCCAGUGUUCCCUAAAGGGCAGCUGUAUCGGUGACACCAGCAAUAUACAGUGCCAAUGUUACCAUGGAUAUUACGGCUCACGGUGUCAACAAGUUGAUGUGCAAAUAGCGCAAGGAACAUGUGGGAGCUCGUGUUCUGGCCACGGUGUUUGUUAUAACGUUCAAGGAUUUGAUGUGUGCAGUUGUCAUCAUAACUACUAUGGGGAAACAUGUCAACUUAUAUCCUCAAAUCAUUCAUCCACUGAUUGCCAUAGCGAGGACUGCUCACAUGAAGGAACGUGCCAUAUGCAGAAUGGAAGACCACAUUGUCAAUGCUACCCCAACCGAUACGGAGACUACUGUGAAUAUUUUGUUGUGUCAACCACUGCUGCCCCAACCACCACUGCUUCUGCUGCCACAUCAACCGCUGCUGCCCCAACCACCACCAGCAACAAUGGAGGAACACAAGGAUGUGCUGACCUCGAUGUCCUUGCAUGUCAGAGGGACACGAGUCUAUGCCAAGAUCAUACAUAUGCGAAAUUUGCCUGCCCUAAAACAUGCAACAUGUGUUGCUCUACACCAAAUGAUAUUGUUUUAUAA